AUGGGUUCCUUCCACCACACUGCCCGCAACUGGCGCAUCAAAGUCGACAACGGCGUCACCUUGUUCCGCGUGGAGGUCAAAGAUCUCCAUGGCAACUGGGUUGAACGGACAAUCCGUUUGGAUGAUCACAUUGGCAACACUGAUGAUGGCUCACACAAAGGAUGCACAGGCUGGUUCAUCUGGGGCGGAAAGAACUUCACCCAAUCCGCCAGGGAUAUCCGCUUGGAGGAUACUGAGUGGGGUCCCAAGCUGGUCGCCGUGAUGCGCUCGAACGACGGUGGCGACCGUGGUUUACAGGGAAUGUUGUUGGGCGAUAAGAUCGAGAACAGGAACGGAGAGCUUCACUUCACCGGUCCUUGA